AUGUGUCGAUCAUUGCUCCACGAGGCUCGAUCUAUCCAAGCCUCUGGAUCGCGCCCCACCUCUGACCUCUCCUCCUUUCUGGCACCACCGCUCCUCCUAAGAGAUCUUGUGCACCAGAAACUGCAGCAGCUGCUCCAAGGUCUCCGCUGGAAGGCCAUCUGUGAGGGCAGGUUGCAGCUCCAGACCUGGGUCUGGGCCCUCCCCAGGGUCCUGCGCUUUGCCUUGGAGGAGCCCAGGCAUGAUUUGCCAGAACAGGAGAUGUUCCAGAUGAGAGCGGGUGAACCCAGCUGUCACCAGGACCUCAGUGUCAUCAAGGACCAGCUGAACGUGUCCCACAUUGACCAGGCUGCUGGGCACCUGCGGGCCCUCCUGGAGGAAGAGUGCCAUGCGCUGGAGAGGGAGAUUCCCAUCCCGCAGCGCUGCUUGGAAGACGAGUAUUCAGGGGCCCCUCAGCCCUCUGAGGCAAGCCUAGAGCCCACCCUGGCAGGCAGAACCUCUCCUCGAGCUAAAGGACAGAAGGCAGCCAUGCAACAAGAGCCGCAGGCACCCCUCAGGCCUUCCUGUGUCUCCCCCAGCCACAGGUAA